GCAAAUGUCAGUUCAGUGUUGUACGAAGAGUUGUUCGGAAGUGUGUGCGCUUUUUUCCUGGGAGCAGAUUUUCCUCCCGAGUUUUUUAAUCUUGUGUGUGAGAAAUUUCCGGGAAAACCCGUGUGGGUGUAAAGUGCGGGUUUUGUGCCCCGGAAGUGGGGUUUUGGAUUGCGUGUGAAAGGCAAUUGUGAUGGAAAGUGCGAAGACAAUGAUGGGCAUCAAGCGAGACUGCCGCCUCUGCUUGGCUCCGGACAAUGAGUGUGUCUCCAUCUUCACAACAGCAGCUGCCGACCGGGAGUCGUUGUCGAUGAAAAUUCAGGCGUGUGUCAACAUAAAGGUUCAUCAAACGGACAGCUUGUCGCCGCGCAUCUGUCACGCGUGCAUUAGCUACUUGAAUUCGUGGCAGAGCUUCAAGAAUCGCUGCUACGCAGCCCAGCGGAAGCAGAAGGCCUGGCUGGCAAAUCAGCUGCAACAGCAGCUCAGGGAGGUGCAGGAGAGCAAGAAGCGCAGGCUCGGCGCUGAGGGUGAUGAUCAGCAAGUUGUGGGCAAGAGGACGCGGGAGACGUCACCCGAUGAGGACUUUUAUCCCGACAAACACUCGAAGGCCACGUCGGCUACCACAUCCCAGCGUCCCAGUGUGGCAGAGAGUGAGAGUUUCAUAAAGCAGGAGCCGCGUGAUGAGGAGGAACAAGAGGGUCCAGUUACAGUCAACAUGGAACUCGAUCCGAGAGAAUUUCUUGCACACAAUGACUCCGAGGAUGAGUACCAGGAUGAUGAAGGUGGACACAAUGAUGAGGGCCCCCCGAUUCUGACGUCAUUGGGGCUGACGCAUAUCAAUCACGUGAAUCCAUUCAACUAUUUGGCCACGGAUCUCGAGGAAUUCGAUCAGGAUGGCGAAGAUGGGGAAUCAUCGUUGCCAUUUGGUGGUAUUCCUGGCCAGCUGAAGCGUCGUUCACAGCCAUCAAUUCCGGCUCAUUGUCAGAUUUGUCGUAUGAAAUUCUCCAAUCGUGCCAAUGCACGACGGCAUGAACGGAAUAUUCAUGGCAUAAAGAUUUCUGCUGAGAAUGGAGACAUAACUGUGGUGCAGAAGCCACCGAAUGUGCAGCCAAAGCGUCCAGGAGGUGAGCAGGGUGGGAAUAGUGGGCAUGUGGGUGGUGCUGCAGGUGGAGGAGGAGGUGGAGAUGAUGGGAAACCCCCAAUGGCGACGUUGAAGAAGCCCACAAAGCCUGUUGUUGAGGAAUUUGACUACAGCAAACCGGAGAAGUAUCGACACCUCCUCACGGAGAAUAAGUUGUCCUUCAUUAGGCGUAACCUCAAGUUCCUUGGGCAGUAUCAGGAUAUGAAGUGCAAGUGCUGCGAUAGGGUGUACAGCACCUACAAGACCUUCAUGUCGCACAUGCGCAAGAGAUUCCUUUCGCUCCCGCGGAACAUGUGUUUCAAAUGCCUGCGGCAAUUUGAGACAAAGGGGCAGUUCAUUGCGCAUUUAAAGAAGAAAAAUUGUCUCAAUCUCUACACACUGUACAUGGCGGAUACGACCAUUUCAAAGGUGUUCCACACAUCUUCGGCUUCGGGGAAGAUUGGCCCGAAGGAGAUUCUCGCCAAUAAGGCGUAUGGAUGUCAAUUGUGUACUGAACACUUCCGGCUGAAGAGUGACUUCCGGACGCAUGUGUUGGAAUCCCAUCCGGACGUGCAGAAUUUCCGGGAUCCCAUCACGGGGAAUUGUACGUACUGCAAGGCAACGUUUGAGGAGGCGAGUCAGCGGAAGAGGCAUUUUGGGAAUUUGGAAUGUCUCGUCUUUCUCAUUUGUGGCAAUUGCGAGGAGCGCUUUGAUUCAAAUCCACAAUUCCUCGAUCAUGUCUAUGCGACGCAUCUCACGAAGCAAGGAAGGGAAUCCAUACAGAAGCAGGCAUCAUCGCAGAUGCUUCUCAUGCAGAAUGGAGAUGAGGAGAGUAAUAGGGAGAUGGAUGAGAGUGGUGUACCCAAUUCACGAAGUGCACAGAAUUGUCCGGUUUGUGGGAAGCAGUACAACAACUACUACAACGUCCUGCGGCAUAUGGAGUCAAAGCAUCCGGAUAAAAUGCCCAAGACGUAUCACUGUGAGAUUUGUCAGACGGGCUUUGCGAGGCAAACGGAGCUGCGGGAGCACGUAAAGUCAGCCCAUGGGGAAUUGAGCUUGACAAAGGUGAAGCCAAUAAGUUUCAUCUGCAAAGAGUGCAAGAGUCAAUUUGACAAGAAGGAAGCCUGGAUUGAGCAUCAGGUGUCUCAUGGGAAGUUUAUGUGUCAACAGUGUGACUACACGGUGACGGCACGUGAUGAAUUUGAGACGCAUCUCGCGACGCAUAUUAAGCUAAAAGUCUACUCUUGUGGGGUCUGCAAGGCGUCCUUUAACACCGAAGAGGGCCUCCAGUAUCACACGAUGACAACACAUCUUGUUCUCGAUAGCGAUGAAGCUCUCUUCCGGGAAAUUACAAAAGCCGAAAGUAGUGAUGCAGCUGCCAAGAGUGAGGCAAAGGAUCCACAAUCAGUUGUGGAUGCGCUCAAUCUUCAUCUCGAUGGGGUGGAAAUUAUAGCAAAACCCCGUGAGAGCAUUCCCAAGCCGCCCUCCCAGCAGACAACACCGUCAAAGCUCGAUGUCUCAAUGGAUGUGUCAAUUGAACCGGGUACAUCGCAGAAGCCCCUUCAGUACAAUUCACGAAUGCGCUGCAGGGUGUGCCAGAAGAGGAUAAGCAGCAAGGUGGGCUACAGGAAUCACUUGCUGAUUGAGCAUCAGAUCAAUGAUUGCCAUUUUGUGAGCUGCGACCUAUGCCCGGCGGAAUUUAGCAAUGAAAAGGGGCUCCGAGUGCACAUGUUCCGCUCACACAAUGUCUCCGUGAAGGAGGAUGAGGCCAUUCCAAUGGAUCAGCAGCACUUUGAGUGCAACAUCUGCCAUACAGUGUACAGGAGUGUGGAUCAGCUGAGGGAUCAUGUCAAUACAGUGCACGCUGGUACAAGUUUAUCGGAAUUCGAGGAAUCAACGGAACACUCAAUUGUCAUCCCGAAGGAGGAGAAGCAGCCAGUAGUGACUGAAGAACUCCCGGACUACACGCCCAUUGAGGUGUGGUUCCAGUGUCGGUACUGCGAUGAGAAUUUCAAUUCAAACAAAAAGCUCACAAUUCACAUGAAUACCCACGAAGAGCACGAUAAGACGGAUUACACGUGUCGCGAUUGUGGCAAUGUGUACGGCACACGGAAAUCCCUCUGGGUGCAUCGGCACAAGAAGCAUCCAAGACCGCAAAUGCCAUCACCGUGUGAGGUGUGCAGUAAGGUGUUCUUUGACAAAACCGAAUUGGGGUAUCAUCUGAAGACGCACGGGGCGAUCAAGAAGAGUCUCCUCGAUGGAAUUAGUGGGGAUGCCGAGGAGGCGGGAAGUGAUACGGGGAAGUAUUCGUGCCAUGUGUGUGGGAGAAAGUUCCAGGAUAAGUCACCGCUGAGUAAGCAUUUGCGCAUACAUGAGAUGGAGAAUAGUAUGUUCAGUUCAUCGCUCCUUGUGACGGCACUGAGUGAUAGUGUUGAGGCACCGGAACAGCCGUCCAAUUGGGGGAAUUCCCUGCUGAAUAAUGAUGGGGAAUUCUCAUGCGAUAUCUGCCCGAAGACAUUCUCCCUCCUGAGUGCCCUCAAGGUGCACCGUGGAUGGCACUUUAGAUCACCGGAUGGGCGUCAAGUUACAGAUCCGGGGAAUCUCUGGCAACCCGGAACACUCCCACCAAGUCGUGCCAAACGCUUCCGGCCGUUGCCGUCGAAGCAGCCCGUGUGCCCGUAUUGCAGCUCCAAAUUCGCAAGCGCCAACAACCUUCGGCGACACAUUGUGGAAGUGCACAAGCGCAAUGAGUCCCGCAUGAAUCGCGAAGCCGUCAAUCCCGGUGGGGUGCAGGUGGAGAAGGAGCGUGAAUGUAGUGCGUGCAAUAAGGCCUUUGAGACGCACAUUGAGUGGAUUGAGCACAAAAUGGGGCAUGCAAAGAAUCAAAAACCAUCCACGACAUUUGAGUGGAAUUGUGAGAUUUGCGGGAAAAUGUUUACGCGCAAAGAGCGCCUCCUGCAGCACAUGAUAACGCAUUUGAAUAGUACGACGGAUGGGCAGGAGAAUGAUGGGGAUGACAUGGAGGAUGAGAUGGAGGAGGAAGAGCAGGAGAAUAGUUCAGAGCCAAAGGAGGAGGUAAUGGCGGAGGAGGUUGCAGAGCAAGAAGUUGUGGCUGAGGAAGUUGUCGCCGAGGAGGAGAGUGAUGAGAAGGAUGAAGAAGUUGAAGGGGAUCAGCAUUCGUGUGAUCUCUGUCAAGUUUUCUUCAAAACAUCCGCUGAACUUCGUCGCCAUGUGACGUCGCAUUUCAUCAAUGGAGCAGCAACAAUUGGGAAUGAGGAGAUUAAGGGAGAUUCCCCAUCACCAAUCUCAAUGAAGAUUGAAGUUGAGGAAGAAGUGAUCGUGAAGCGAGAUCCGUCUGAGAGUAAACUUAUUGAGCAGGUUAUUGGGUCAGAUGAUGAGGAUGAUGAUGAAAUUGAGGAAGAUGAGGAUGUUGAGGAGCUCGAUGAGGAAGAUGAGAGUAUUGUGGAGGAUGAUGAUGGGCACUACGAGGAGGAAGAUGAGGAAUUUAUGGAGGAGUACAUUGAUGCGGAUGAGAUUGAGCCAAAACAAGAUGAAGUUUCAUCGGAUAAUGCUGAUAAAUCCGAGGCGAUUGUCUACAAAUGCCGCAUCUGCGCGACACCGCAUCGAAGUCAUUUUGCCUCCAUUAAAUGCAUGGAAGCACAUCGAAUGCCAACUGAAUGGAAAUGCACAAAGUGUCAAGUUUUCUUCGGUGAUGCCCAACAGAUGAGGGAGCAUCUGAAGUUAAUGCACGAAUAGGACCUCUUGAUUCUCCUGCUGGCCAGGCAAGGAGACCAUAGUGUCGUUGUUUUUAUUCUUUUUUUGUCAUUAAAAAUAAAUACAAACCCACGCAAAGACCAUUCACAAAAAAUCUACUUAAAAUAGUCUAAGUUAUAUGCGCUAAAUGUGUGUAUUUAAGCAUCACAUUAUAAAGUGAAACAUUAAGGUGAGAAAUGUGUAAGAAUUUAGAGUUUUAAAAUGAAAUAAAAAUUUAUGCAAAAAUUUCGUGUGUAAAGGGUGUCUCAGUGCAAAUGCAAAAAAAAGGGAGUUUAUUCAUUUUUAUUCUUUUCAAAAGUUUUCAUAAUUUCAUGCAACAAAAAACAUUCAAGAAAUAUCAGAAAGAUUUUUUUUACUUUUAAAAAUAAUCUGGGAAAAAUGCUGAAAGAGAUUUGUCCAAAAGUUCAUAAGCCACGCCUUCAUUUUAACUUAAUUUUACAUUGAAUGCAUAAAGCAUAUGCGUCAGUGUUUCUAUCGGUGAUCUUUGGGCAUUUUAAUUGCUAAAAAUCGUCAAUUGAAGCACGAAUGCAUAUUUUUAUCUUUUUAAAAGGGAAUGAGUUAGGAUAGGGGCGGAGCUUUUGUAUAUUUUUUUGCAAAUCUUUUCCAAUUUCUGCAACAUUUUAUUUCUUUUUUAAAUGAACUUUACCUUCAAAUGAGGAUAAGAAACGAAUAAAAGUGAAUAGACUCCUUUUCAAAAAAUCACACCUAUUUGUAAAAAAAAAUAUAAAAAAUUAUUUAUUCGAAGCGUUUAAGAAAUCUUUUGCAAAUGAGACACCCUUUAGGCACGAUAAGCAAAAUGGAAAGGGGAUUCUUCCCAUAGAGUUACCUGCCACACAAUUUGAAAUCAUAAUAAUUGAUAAAUUAAUUAAGAAAAUUAAUUAAUAGAAGAUUAAUGGAAGUAUUAGAAAUUAGAAGGAGAAGUGAAAGGAAACUUCUUUUAGCAUAAUCGACAACAUGCAACAUUAUAAAUAUUAUCUAAAUGUAGAUUUAUUUCACCAAAACUCCCUGAAAAAAAAAAAACUAAUUUUGCACCUUAAAAAAGAAGUGUAGAAUGAAGAAGAAAAAGCGUUGAUAUUAGAGAAUAGUUCGUAGUAAAAAAGAAAAAGCACAAACUUCUUGAUGCUUUAUGUCGUGAAUUACGUGUUGUACCUUCUCUAUGAUUUUUAUUUUAUGUAUAAGAAAUAUUAGAUGAAUAUGUAUUUCUAAUGUAGCUGUAUAAAUUUAGAAAGAAAUAAUAGAUUAAGUAGAAGUA